AUGCCCAUGUACGCCCAUCGUGGUACAAGGUUCUCAGUUGACGUAAAUGCGCAAGCGCGCCUCGAGCGGCAACGCAUUGUGCGUCUCAACAGCAUCCUCCGACAUGGAAGCGAUGAGCAGCGCCGCCAAGCGCUGAGGAUGAAGCCGCUUCCACUUCCCGAGCACCCUGAGGCCGUGGCGGUGCCUGGCACUGCCGUUCUCGACCUUCCUGGCGACGCGGACGAUUCCCUUGACCCACACACCGGAGCCGGCGUCUUCGAUCCGCUGGAUGCGGUGGCGCAGCGCUACUGUGGCGCUCGAUACAACGAUGACGACAGGCGCGCCGCUGCACGGAGUGUCGACUACUCCGUCUUCAUGGAGGUGUUAUGCCCAAACGGUUCUUCGCUGCUGGAGUCUCUCCCUCUAGAACCUCGCACCCUGCGUCAGCAUCUCAAAGGCUCGAGUGACGAAUCCAAGAAAUCCCAGCUGGAAUAUGCUUUGUCGUCGCCGCGGUGUGUGCUGCAUACUCGCCUGCCAUCCACUGCUGCAGCGGCUGCAAUGCCGGAGGCAUCGCUCUCACUCGGGCACAGUGCCUUCGUGGCGCCCGGACCCCCUUCAGCCUCCUUUAUCAACACCUCCACCUUAUCCGAGGCCUCGGUGCAGUCGGGUGUAGACGAGACCUACGUUAAUGCCCCCGUCACCCUUGGCAGCGGGGCAGCUUCGCCGCCCGCUCCUUCUGCUGAGAACGGCUUUGCGGCCCCGACGCACGGCGUCGCCGACCCUGCCAGCGACGCCACACGUGCAGCUACUACCACACACGUUGAUGAUGACGACACCACCCCGGACAUAUUUGUGAGUGCCGGCUCCUUCUCCCUCGCCACAUCCCACCACAGUAGUCGCUGGCGCUCACUGCUGUCCUCCCGCCGGAGUCCGUCCGGCUCGAGCAAGGCAUCGCACACGGGCUCUGGCCACCGCAACGCCAGAAGUGUUGCCAACCUCAGCCUUACCCGCUCUCUCAGCCCAAGAACACUGAGAAGUUCAUCGGAGCUGUCCCUGCCUACCUCUGGAGCUACAAGUGCGCAACUGACUCCUCUGGCGGUUGCUGAUGGCUGUGACCUCGGUGGUCGCGUAAUCUUCACGGACCGCUUUCUGAAGGCGCAGUCCCACACUGCGCUGCCCACCAUGAUUUCCGCCUUCAAGCAGUACAUGCUCUCCGCCUCCUCCACAACGUCGAGUUCGCCCCUUACGCACACUCAGACGCUGGACAACUAUACCCCGUCCGAGCACUGGCCCUCCCUGCAGCACCAGCAACUGCCGAAUGCUCAUCAGCGCCUGGACCCUUGCCAACGCGGAAUUCCGCUCCAGAGCGGCAACACCAACAAAGAGAUCGAGAACUGCGUCCUCGAGGCGGGUAAGUGCAUUCGGCCGACUUUUCGCUGCAUGGACCCUGCCGACCUCUACGGCACCAGUCACUACAUCUCCGGCGCCUUCAUCAAGGUGAAAGAGCCGUCGACCAACAUCUAA